GGCCGAUAGGAAGCUCUUUCAAGUUCUCUUUUCCUUUUCUCGUCCUUUGUAUUUCUGUGCUCUUUUCUUAACGUUCCUUUCCUUCUCCAUUCUCUGAAAAAACAGUUAAAAAAAAAUCCACUGAAAACCGAACCUUCUUCCUUACUCCGAUCAAAAUCAAAUGAUUUCAAACAUCUAAAAAAUCACGAAAACCCACCAAACUCAAAUCCUCCGGCGAUGGCGAACGUCUCGGUCGCCGCGGAGUGGCAGCUUCUCUAUAACCGGUACUACCGGAAGCCCGAGCUCUACCGAAUGGGGUGGCUCCACGUGGACCUGAGCCGCAACAGAGUCGCCUGCGCUCCUUUCGGCGGCCCGAUCGCCGUCAUCCGGGACGACUCGAAGAUCGUCCAGCUUCACUCGGAGUCCGCCCUCCGCAAGCUCCGCAUCUUCAACUCAGCCGGCGUCCUCCUCUCCGAGACCGUCUGGAAGAACCCCGGCGGCCGCCUCGUCGCCAUGUCCUGGACCGACGACCAAACCCUCGCCUGCGUCGUCCAGGACGGUACCGUCUACCGCUACAACGUCUAUGCCAAGCUCCUCGAACCCAACAUCUCCAUGGGGAAGGAGUGCUUCGAGCAGAACGUCGUCGACUGCGUCUUCUGGGGCAACGGAUUGGUCUGCAUCACGGAAUCCAAUCAGCUGUUCUGCAUCUCCGAUUUCAAGAACCCUAAGUCCUCUCAAUUGGCCGAUACCGGGAUCGAGGAGCCGCCGCAUUGUAUGGCGGUGAUCGAACCGCAGUACACGAUGUCCGGAAAUGUGGAGGUGCUGCUUGGGGUCGGGGAGGCCUAUGUAUUGGCUGUGGAAGAGGACGGAGUUCAGCAGCUAGGGUUUGAGGUUCUGCGCGGGCCUCUGCAGAAAAUGGCGGUCUCGUGCGACGGUCAGUGGCUCGCGUCGUUCACGCACGACGGACGGCUUUUGGUCUUGACCUCUGAUAUGCGCCAAGUCAUUAUGGAGCAAGAAUGUGAAUCGGCCCUUCCUCCGGAGCAGCUGUCAUGGUGUGGGAUGGACUCUGUGUUGCUUUAUUGGGAUGACAUGCUCUUGAUGAUGGGGCCUAUAGGGGAUCCAGUGCGCUACUUUUACGAUGAACCAAUAGUCCUUAUCCCCGAGUGUGAUGGGGUGAGGAUAUUGUCCAACUCAAGUAUGGAAUUUCUACAACGGGUUCCCGAUUCCACCGAGUCUAUCUUUAAGAUUGGAAGCACAUCGCCUGCAGCUUUAUUGUAUGAUGCGUUGGAUCAUUUUGACAGACGAAGUGCCAAGGCAGAUGAAAAUUUGAGAUUGAUUGGGUUGUCCUUGCCUGAGGCUGUUGAAGCAUGUAUUGACGCUGCGGGUCAUGAGUUUGAUAUUUUGCGUCAACGAACAUUGUUAAGAGCGGCAAGCUAUGGACAAGCCUUUUGCAGCAAUUUUCAACGUGAUCGGAUUCAAGAGAUGAGCAAAAUUUUGCGAGUCUUAAAUGCUGUUCGUAACCAUGAGAUUGGCAUCCCACUUAGCAUACAACAAUAUAAGUUGCUUACACCAUCUGUUCUGAUUAGUCGGUUGAUUAAUGCCCACCAACACCUUCUUGCAUUACGGAUCUCAGAGUACCUAGGCAUGAAUCAAGAGGUGGUGAUAAUGCAUUGGACCUGCUCGAAGAUAACUGCUUCAUUGGCAAUUCCUGAUGCCGUUCUCCUUGAAAUUUUACUUGAUAAGUUAAAGUUGUGCAAAGGGAUAUCAUAUGCAGCAGUUGCUGCUCAUGCUGAUAAAAGUGGCCGUCGAAAGCUAGCUGCCAUGCUUGUUGAACACGAACCACGUUCCUCAAAACAGGUUCCUCUGUUGUUAAGCAUAGGAGAAGAAGAUAUAGCUUUAAUCAAGGCAACUGAAUGUGGUGAUACUGACCUUGUUUAUCUUGUUCUUUUCCACAUCUGGCAAAAGAGGCAACCACUGGAGUUUUUUGGAAUGAUACAGGCCAGAACCCUAGCACGUGAUUUAUUUAUAGUGUAUGCACGGUGCUAUAAGCAGGAAUUCUUAAAGGACUACUUUCUAUCAACUGGACAGCUUCAAGAGGUCGCUUUUCUUUUGUGGAAGGAAUCAUGGGACCUUGGACAAAAUCCAAUGGCAAGCAAGGGAUCCCCACUUCUUGGUCCACGUAUAAAAUUGAUUGAGAAGGUGCAAAACCUGUUUUCAGAAACUAAGGAGCAUACCUUUGAGUCAAAGGCUGCCGAAGAGCAUUCAAAACUUUUGAGAAUGCAACAUGAGUUAGAAGUGAGUACAAAGCAGGCUAUUUUUGUUGAUUCAAGUAUUAGUGAUACAAUUCGCACGUGUAUCGUCUUGGGAAAUCAUCGAGCUGCAAUGAAAGUGAAAACAGAAUUCAAGGUUUCUGAGAAGAGAUGGUAUUGGCUAAAAGUUUUUGCUUUGUCUACUAUCAGAGAUUGGGAUGCUUUAGAAAAGUUCUCAAGGGAAAAGCGACCGCCAAUUGGUUUUAGGCCAUUUGUGGAAGCAUGCAUUGAAGCAGAUGAAAAGGGGGAGGCCCUAAAAUAUAUCCCAAAGCUCACCGAUCCUCGAGAGAGAGCAGAGUCUUAUGCACGGAUUGGCAUGGCAAAAGAAGCUGCCGAUGCUGCCUCUCAGGCUAAAGACGGUGAAUUGCUGGGACGACUAAAAUCAACAUUUUCGCAGAAUGCUGCAGCCUCAUCUAUUUUUGAUACCCUCCGGUCAUCUUUUCAAGGAGUUUCAUAGGCUUCUAAGUUAUUUAGUUAUUCUCACUUUGUCCUUUUCAACUUUGUCCGCGUGCAUUGUGUGCAUAUUUAAUUAAUCUCAUGGUUCUAAUCCAUAAACAAAACGGGUAAGAAAUCCAAAA